ACCCGGUGCCGGCAGAUGUGAAGUCGCUUAUGGCCUACAAAUGUCAUCCAUUACACGGCGUGGACCCGAUGUACAGCCGAACCCAUAAGUGGGGCUUCGAGUGCAGUCUAUUCACUGCCGGCCAAUACAAGCGCAUAUACGACACGACAAUGUUCUCGUCGUACGCCUACCCGGACUGUCCGGACGACAUUCGGUACGACAAUGUGGUCCGACAUAUGAUCAUGUUUUUCAUAUUUGACGACCACUUGGAGACCCCGUACGGCGAUAUAGGGCUCGGAGUGGCCGAAGCGGACACUCUUAUGGGACAAAUCAACGACUUGUUCGACAAACUGCUUGGGAAACGGCACGUGUCGGCCCGCGACUGGAAACCCUAUAUGUUGGCCGCAUUAGCCCUCUAUGAAGACACUAUCGCUGAGUUCAACGACGAACAGAAGUCCAGAUUUGUCCGCAUAUGGAAGGAAUGGACCGACGCUAUGGGCGUCCAGUGCCGGAACGUCACUCAACAAACCCAAUACGACAGCGUUGAACAAUUCUACAAGGUGAGAGACGACGUGAUUGCGGCCAAAUGUCUGUACGUAUUGCUUGAAUACGCGCACAACCUAUACGUGCCGGAGGCCGAGUGGACGAACCCGAGGUUCCAGCUCUACCUCAAGCACUCGACACGGGCUGUGGUCUGCGCUAACGAUCUCUAUUCGUUGGACAAGGAGUUAAUGGACUGCGGGGGUCGAGUGGAGCGGGUGUUCAACGGCGUGGCUAUACUGUCGCGCGUCGCGAGUAUACCAUUGGAUGAGGCGAUCAAACGCGUGGCCGCAAUGAUGAAGGAAGCGGAGGAAGGGAUCCUGGAGUUGACCGAAGAGAUAGCCGGUGCCGAGUGGGCCAGCGCUGACACCAAGGAGUUUGUCAAACGCGGUCAGUAUAUAGUUAGCGGCAAUUGGUAUGUGUCCACAAUUCUCGACCGGUACCACAAAUUCCUUGAGCCCCAUAUGUUUGACUAG